AUGGCAGGCUGUUGUGACGGGUACCAGUUCUCCUCAGAGAUCAAUGAUUGUAUUAAGUGUACUGACGGUUUUAUAGGACCUAAUUGUGUGGUUUCCUGUCCAUAUCCUGCAUAUGGAUUCCAAUGUCAAAAGGAAUGUGAGUGUACUGAAGAUUUCUGCAAUGUUACAACUGGAUGUCCCUUAGAUUGUAAUGAAUUCAAAGGCUGUUCAACUUUUACAACAGCUAGUUUAUCCCCAAGCGACCCAAAUACAACAAACACAUUUCAAUCAUUUGGGAAGGAAACAGACAUAGAGCAGAAAAAGUUUGAAGAAGCAAAAGAUGGUUUUUAUUUGCCAUAUUAUGGAUUCAUCGCCAUGCUUGGUAUGAUACCAUUUGUUGGGUUAUUACCAUUUCUUUUGAAACGUCUUUGCAAUAAAAUGAAAAGUGGAUCGCCUAAUUACCAAGAUAUCCAGGUUCCAGUAGCGACAGAACAGUACCAAAGAAUUAAUUAUCGCAACAGUCUACAAAGCCAAGAGGAAAUAAAUCAAAACAAUUCAGAAAUAAAUCAAUAUGAUGAAUGUUUAUUCACAGGAGUCCAAUCCACGAGUGUUGAACAAAAUGUCGUUUCGGCAGUAAAUUACUUAAAUGGUUAGAAUCAAACUUUGUGUAAUGUG